AUGGAGAUGGCUUUUCGCUUCCCGUUCCCGGUCAACGACCCGCGAAUGCAUCGCGAAGAGGAACUGUCACUGGCCAGGAUUGCGUCGCAGCAACGCAGCAAUCGCCCGUCUCCCCUGGAUACUCCCUUGCCGCUUGAUGCGCGAAAGGAGACGUCCACUGAGCCCGCGACGCAGUCCCCCUUACCGACAUCCAGGAGAAACUGGGUGUUUGCUGAUCCUGUGGCCUUCAGAUAUUUAGAGAGCGAUCCGUCGGUUACCGUCGUUGAGCGACGAGGUGUCCUGCAGGGAUACGAACUAUAUCUGGUUGAACAAUGGGCUUGUUCACGAAAAUCGCCCACGCUGGUGAUUGUCACCUAUACAGGUGAUCCGAAACAUUCAGUCGUGGUUGGGGUGCUGGCCGUCCCUGCGGACGAGAGUCUUUGGUCAGACCGCCUGCGAUUCUACUUCAAGGCCAUACACCAGUACCAUGCUCGGCCGAAAGAAACACCGCUGGGCGAUGUUAUGGUUACGAACCUCAGUAGCUUCCCCUCAGCACUGACUGUCAUACCCGUACCCGACGGCGACAUUCGCGCCCAUCGCCAGGCCUUCAUAGUCAACGAAAAUCUCAAGCGACUGGGGUGUUCUGGUCGAUCUGGCAUGACUCUGUCAGACCCCACACCGGCGGCUGUGGGCACAUUUUACCAGCUCUACAAGACUAGCGAGAAGAUUCCCUUUUCACAGUCAGUGAUAGAACUCGUCAAAUUGUGCCAGGUUUCCUUGUUCAUGUUUGGGAAGUUGGAUAACGAGUACAUUGACGGAUUGCUGUGCGACAAAACAGAAGAAGCCAUAGGAAACUGGUGGACGGAGCUCGGCGCAGAAUCGUACAAUGUCGAGCCGACGGACGGCAUCUUAGGCCCAACCACCGUGGCGGCCCUGCUGGGCAUGUUAAUGGGCGCGAGGAACCGUCUGCAUUACUACGGUGCACCCGUGUCCAAAGAUGUCUUCGACAUUGAGAGUACGAAAAGGGGCAUCGCCUACUUUCAAAAAUCACAUAAACUUGAGCGGACGAGGCGUCUGGAUCGUCCAACAAUCCUUAAGCUUCACAGUGUAACGGCAAAGGCAGCUGCUGGUGAAGGCUGGGGCGUGCAAAAGGCAGUCAAAUCCACCGUUGCUGAAAUUGGUGGUAAAAGAGGCGAGUUGGUUAUCGGCAUGGUCAGCGGAAAAGACAAGGGUGGCAUUGCCGACAUCGAGACGGUCGAUAUUGACAAAUUCAUUGCAUUGGCUUACGGCGAGCGAGCGAAGUGGCUUUGGUAUGGCAAACCUCGGAGGACCGUUCCAGAGUUCCAGGAGAGGCCAUCCGAUAUUACACCGCCGCUGUUCGGAAAAGACGAGGUUGCUCUGCAAGCUAGCAAACGAACACAGUCAUUGCCCAUCGAAGAAGAAGUCCAGCGACAGAAGGAAGAGUCUCCUGGGGUUUACUCAGCCCCGGCGCCUGCUUCAGCUGUAAGCGUGACUGAUAGCCCUGGAGAUAAGGAUGCUCUUAGGAAAACUGUGUUCAAAUCGGUCGCUGGCAGAGUAAGUGACGCUAAAUCUGGGCUUGGGCGCAUCAAAGAUGUUGUCGGAACGGGGUUGAGAGGCCAUGCCAGUCGCCCUAGUAGAGACGACUUUGGCGAGAAUGCCUACAAUAAUGCUGGCGUCUCUACACUCGCACAAACUUCGGCAGCAGCUUUGACAUCGCCAGUUGUGGUUGGUAGAGCCUUCACGUGGAAGAACAAACCAGAGGAGUACCUAGUCCAAUUCAAGAAGGACGCCGAAGCAGCUCAAGGCAUACCAGAAUCGGUACAGGAGUCGUUUGAAACCCCUGUGAUGGUCAAACAGGCCCUUGAAUCAUCCGAUCCCAACUCAACACACAUCGAAGGCGGAGUUGCAACACCUCCGAAUGGUCCCGUUAAGGACGAGCCUGAACGGGCGCAAGCGUCUGUGGCCGGGUCUGUUGUAGACGAGGCAGAUCUUCAUGGGCCUUUUGAGACAGAGCGGAGCAGCAACAACGCAGUGGGCUUCUUGCAACGGCGACAUUCCAUUACCGUUUCAAGACUCUCUUACAAGCACCCUCUGAAUGAAGCUCGAUGGCCUCGACGGCUGUCUUUCGGUGAUGCCGAAGAAGCCGUCUUGCGUUGGGAGGAGAUCACUGAGGUGUACGACGACAAACACUUCGCUACGGCAGAUGCGUUGCUACAGCAAGCCAGUCUAGCCGAGCUUGCCCGUAGUCUCUAUGAUUCCAUCGCGACGAUUAAACGAGAGGUCAACCCUUGGGUAGAAUCUAAGGUCAAGGCUGUUGAGGGUAUGGACGAGCAUUACGCUCGCGAGCAGGAGGAUCUGCAGAAUCUGUACUACCAGCUCAGUGAAGCAUACCAUCGUGUCAAGCAGAGCUCGUCAGAGCUUGUCGCCGAGGAGCGGGCGCACAUUACCGAAGCGAUUAAGGAGGUGGAGGUACUAGUUGCGCGGCUCGAUUAUGAGAUCAACGCGCUCGUAAGUAAAGUGGACGAUGUCGAAGACGGAGUGAGGCUCUUUGAGAGGCAAGUCGAGGACGUGGAGAAGCGUGCCGAGGAGCUUAAGAGGACCCUCGAGACGGAGAGCUGGGCGCACUGGUUCGUCAGAACGCUCACAGGUAUCGGAACUGGGCCGAACGUUACAAGGGGGUCGUGA